UGAUAGAUAUACCCCAUUUGCAAUUCAUUCAUUACAAAAGGGUGUACCUUUCCUCUUUUUUUUUUCUCUCUCUCUUUCUUUCUGCACUUGGAGAAAGCUAUUUAUAUAGAAACAUUCUCUGAAAAAGCAUUUCAUUGUCAUCAAUAUAUCAUUCAGAGAGUAAGGAAAAUGAGUUCUUCUGGUCAAAAUAGUAGCUAUGAUCUCUCUUUCAAGAUCUUGUUGAUUGGUGAUUCUGCUGUCGGAAAAAGUAGCUUAAUUGUUAGCUUCAUCUCUGGCUCUGCUAAAGAUAUUGCCCCCACAAUUGGUGUUGAUUUUAAGAUCAAGCUUCUCACAGUAGCUGACAAGAGAUUGAAACUAACUAUUUGGGAUACCGCUGGGCAGGAACGGUUCAGAACGCUAACAAGUUCUUACUAUAGAGGAGCACAAGGAAUCAUUCUCGCUUAUGAUGUAACAAGAAGAAACACAUUUACAAACUUAUCAGAGGUAUGGUCCAAAGAAGUGGAACUCUAUUCAACUAAUCAGGAUUGUGUGAAGAUACUGGUUGGAAAUAAAGUUGAUAGAGAAUCUGAAAGGGCUGUGAGCACAGAAGAGGGUUUAGCUCUUGCCAAAGAGUUUGGAUGUUUGUUUUUUGAAUGUAGCGCCAAAACUCGAGAAAAUGUAGACAAGUGCUUCGAAGAACUUACAUUAAAGAUAAUGGAAGUUCCUAGCCUUUUGGAAGAAGGAUCAGCAUCAUUGAAAAGGAAUAUUUUGAAGCAAAAACCAGAACCACAAGCAUCUCAAGAAUUUGGUUGUUGCUUGUAAAAUGCUGCAAUGUCGAUGGUCUUAAAGAACCACAUCUUCAACUAUAUUCCUUUUUUCUUAUUGGUGCCUCUGUCUUUUCUUUUCGUUGCUCAAUUAAUUGUACCAUAAUAAUAAUGCUAAUUUGCUUGUGUAAAUUUUUACUUUCUGUCAUUGUUUAUAGCCUAUAUUUUAUUCAAAUCAAUACAACCUUAUCCAACUUGCGAUCGUGAUAUUGCAACCGCUGCAUUUUUGUACCGACUUCACAAUUGAUCGACCAUCAGUUAUUACGGUCGCUGAUUUGAAUCUCAAAACAUGUGAAUAAAAAAAUAAAUAAAAAAAAUAAAAAACUGUGGAGCUUGUAACAGAAAA